AUGGAGUGCCGUGUCCUGUCCAUCCAGAGCCACGUCGUCCGGGGUUAUGUGGGCAACAAGAGCGCCUCGUUCCCGUUGCAGGUUUUAGGCUUUGAGGUGGACUCCAUCAACUCUGUGCAGUUCUCCAACCACACAGGAUAUUCUCACUGGAAGGGCCAAGUGUUGACAGCUGACGAGCUCCAUGUUCUCUACGAAGGCAUCAAGCUCAACAACGUGCACCAGUAUGACUAUGUCCUAACAGGGUACACACGGGACACAUCCUUCCUGGAGAUGGUGGUGGACAUUGUUCAGGAGCUAAAGCGAGCCAAUCCAAAUUUGGUGUACGUGUGUGACCCUGUGCUCGGUGACCACGGAUCCAUGUACGUUCCCCAGAAUCUGUAUCCGGUGUACAAGAACAAGGUGGUUCCUGUGGCCGACAUCAUCACUCCCAACCAGUUCGAAGCAGAAUUGUUGACAGGGAAGAACAUUAGCACAGAGAAAGAUGCUGUAGAGGUGAUGGACCUGCUGCACAACAUGGGCCCAGACACAGUGGUUAUCACCUCCUCUGAUCUGCCCUCCAGACUGGGUGAUCGCUUCCUGGUGUCGCUAGGCAGCCAGCGUCACGUUCGCCCAGAUGGCAGCAGGACAACACAGAGAGUCAGAAUAGAAGUUCCCAAAGUAGACGCCGUCUUUGUGGGAACCGGUGACUUGUUUGCUGCGAUGCUUCUGGCAUGGACGCACCACUACCCAAAUGACCUCAAGACGGCUUGUGAGAAAACGUUUUCAGUGAUGCAUCACGUCAUCCAGCGGACCAUAUCGUAUGCACAUGAACUGGCAGGUCCCGGUCGGAGACCCAGCCCGCCCCAGCUGGAGCUCCGGAUGGUCCAGAGCAAAGCAGACAUAGAAGACCCCGCCAUUGUGACGGAGGCCACUGUCAUAUCGUAA